AUGAAAUUCAACGAAAAAGAGCUUGCAGAAGCAAGUAAUGGUCCUGCUGAUAUUGAAGGUCGUUUAAAUCAUAAACGAGCACACAAGUCAGGUUAGUUUUUAGUUAAGAAUGUUAACUUCAAUUACUUAUAACCAAUAAUCUUUUACAAAUUCUUAUUUUUCCAUGCCUAUUUUCAUACUGUUUCUCUAAUAUUCCAUAGACUUGGUGUUGUUCGCACCCUGUGCGAAUUUCUCGAAAUAAAUUUUUAUUCCUUAUAAGAAAGAUCAUUUAACUUAAAAACCGAUUGUAUAAUAAAGACUUCAUUAGGUAAUAUUUUUACAUUUACAUUUUUUGAAAGCCUAGAGUAGUAAAAAAAAAUUAGGCAUGGAGAUGAAUGAUUCAACUUUCCUAUAGAUAGUGUGAUAAUUCGCUUGCUUAUGAAGGGCUAAUUUAUUCAUAAAGUUUUAAUAUUAUUGGAUUUAAUGGAAUAAUAAGAUUAGUUUUUAACAUUUAUGUUAUUUAUAUUUUAGGAUUCAAAGAAAAAUGGUUCAAACUACGAUGUAACUUGUUGUUUUAUUUCAACAUCAACGAAUUGGGACAAAUUGAUACUAGGCAACCAGCAGGUGUAAUUAUUUUAGAAAAUUAUAGUAUUAACCUUGAUGCUGCAACUGAAGGUGUAUUCGCAUUUAGUAUAGCGUUUCGAGAUGAAUACGAAAAGAGACAUGUUUUAAGUGGUCGUUCAGAAUCUCAAGUAGAACAAUGGGUAAAUGCGCUUAAGCAAGCAAGUUAUGAAUAUUGGAGAUUUCGUUUAAUAGUGCUUCAAGAAAAAUUAUGCAAGAAAACAGGAAAAGAUCCAUUGCUUAUGUAUCCACGAAAUCAAGGAAUUAUCAGAGAUGAAGCAUGGGAACCUGCAUCAACUUUCAGAUCUCAUGUACGAUCUUUUACUACAUCAGUUGUAACAUCAACAGCAUUAAAUACAGUAACAAAAGAAAUGAAUUUAAUUGAAUUCUAA